CACUGUGAACGAGCAAUGUACUGAUCCACGCAACCGGCAAAACAGCAAGAUGUGGAUUACAGUGUUUAUAGCAGUAGCCCUAGUCUGCCUCUUCCUUUUCCUGAACACGGUAAAACCAAAAAAAUUUCCACCCGGACCGAAAUGGCUUCCCAUAUUGGGCAGCGCAUACGAAGUCAAUAAGGUUCGAACCAAAACUGGGUACCUGUACAAAGCUGUGAAAAUCCUGUCAGAAAAGUAUUGCGAUAACGGACCAGUCAUCGGUAUAAAGAUUGGCAAGGAUCGCAUCGUUAUGGUCAACUCUUUGGAAGCGAACAGAGAGAUGCUUUAUAACGAAGAUAUCGACGGCAGGCCCAAGGGAAUAUUCUAUCAGACACGUACUUGGGGCGAAAGGAGAGGGCUGCUUCUUACCGACGGCGAGCUAUGGAAGGAGCAGAGGAAGUUUCUGAUGAAGCACCUGCGAGAAUUCGGCUUCGGAAGACAGGGGAUGGGGAAUAUCGCGUUCCGCGAGGCCGGCUUCAUGGUCGAGGACAUGAACGAGGCGAUCAGCAAGAACGGCGGGCCAGUCGUUAUGGAAAUGCACAAUUUCUUCAACACGUACAUCCUGAACACUCUUUGGACGAUGAUGGCGGGACUGCGGUACAAGCCGGACGACCCCAACAUGAUAAUCCUUCAAAAUCUGUUGUUCGAUCUGUUCGCAUCGAUCGACAUGUGUGGCUGUCCGUUCAGCCACUUCCCGAUUCUGUGCCUCCUCGCACCGAACGCCUCCGGAUACAACUACUUCAUGAAAACGCAUAAGAGGAUUUGGAAGUUCCUUCGCGACGAGAUAGCGAGGCACAAAAACCGUUUCGACUUUAACAACGAAGAUAAAGAUUUUAUGGACGCUUAUAUUAGAGUGCUGAAAGAGCAUGGAGAGAUCAACACGUACUCGGAGGGUCAGCUAGUGGCUAUCUGCAUGGACAUGUUCAUGGCCGGUACGGAGACGACCAGUAAAAGUAUGAGCUUUUGUUUUAGUUACCUCGUGAGGGAGCAAGAAGUACAGAAGAAAGCUCAGGAGGAAAUUGACAGAGUUGUGGGAAGAGGCAGAAAACCUCAGCUGGAUGAUAGACCAAAUAUGCCGUACAACGAAGCCAUAAUGCACGAGUGUGUGCGCCAUUUCAUGGGCAGAACGUUUGGAGUGCCUCAUAGAGCUCUGAGGGACACUACGCUUGCUGGAUACAACAUACCUGCUGAAACAAUGGUGUUGAGCAACUACACCAACAUCCUGCUGGAUCCAGUUCUCUACCCCGAUCCGUACGCCUUCAAGCCUGAACGAUUCCUCGUUGACGGGAAGAUUUCCUUGCCUGACCACUACUUCCCCUUCGGUAUCAGCAAGCACAGGUGUUUGGGGGAUGUGCUAGCAAAAUGUAAUAUCUUCUUGUUUACUACAUCUUUGCUACAAAGUUUCUCCAUACUGCCGGCUCCGGGAGAACCUAUGCCGUCUCUGGAUCACGUCGAUGGUGCCACGCCAUCUGCAGCGCCAUUCAAAGCUUUGAUAAUACCUAGAAUUGUUGCUAGCUAGUUUAAUA